AUUCGCGCUACGGCAGGGUAGACCACGAUUGGUACCCCGGCAAACGCCUAAACGUCAUACUAACAACGAACUAGCCCUUUCACAGCGCAAUGCUCUGGCACGCCAUAAAGGCCGCGCGUGAUCCCUUCAGCCCUCAGAUCAAGCUGAACGGCAUUUCUGCCGGUUGACUCAACUUUACAGCAUUAAAAACUGAUCUUGGUGCCAUCAACUCUCACUAAGGAGUACUUCAAAGGGAUCACAUCAUACCUGCCUACGAUCUGACACCCUCGAUCGGGACCAUGGCCACUCCAAACUUUCUGACCAUUCCAGUCGAGCUCCGGGAAUUGAUCUACGUCUUCCUCUUUAGUUCUUACACGAUCGUCCACGGCCUUAGAGGACCCAGCAAACCUGCCCAAGAAUCCACAUCCUCGCCUCGUGCAGCCUUGCUACUCACAUGCCGUCAGAUUCACGCUGAGGCCUGGCGUCACCUUCCACUGAAUGCCACCCUCCAUUUCCGCAGUACGGAAGAUCUCCUUCGUACACUACUCUCUGUCGACCAGAGUGUCAUCACCCGGCUUCGUCACAUCCGAGUCCGCGCGUUCCCGUUCCCACUCUAUGCAAACGACAAGCCGGAAUACUACCCCACGUACUACUUCGCCAAUGCCUUGUCCCUUCUGCCUGGCCUCUGUCUCGAUGAACUGGAAGUGGACGACUGCUGGCACGGCUACGGACAAGGCGAUGGCUGGCGAGACGUAACAACAUAUAUGGAUAUCGAAGCUCUUCUCAAGAGCGAUGCAUGGAAGAGACUCACUUACAUCACGCCUUGUACGGACUUCAUCGCCUCAGGCUACGACCACAGGCGGAAGCGACAACAGCAACCCGAGACUUGGGAUGCGCUGCUGAAGGAGCGUGAUGGCGAGGCAUUCGGCGCAAGUGUGCAGAUGAGGAUUGUACCCACCAAGCAAGCCGAGGCCAGGGACGAGGAGAGAACAGAAGACGGUCGCAAGAUGCAAGAGUGGUCCGCUCGCCCAGGUCACGAAAUUAUCCAGAAUUGGCGCCUAGCAACACCAGAGCAAAGCCUCAAGGGCGAAGUCAGGAUCAUUGCGACGAGGGGUAAGAGGGCGAGAGCUGUGCAGCUAGGUAUGCAGGAAAAGAAGAGUUGGAAAGAGCUCAAGGAGCAGGAAGGUGGAUUUGUGAGAGAAGAUUGGUCUCCCUAUUUCCACGAUAUGGCGGAUGCAAUGGGAUGGGUGUAUGGGGGUUGGGCUAGGAGGAUGCAGCUUGCCAAUCAGGCUAUGAAAGGCUGAGUGGUGUGCAGCAUUAACAACCAUGAAGAUAUCCGGAUACGACACGACGAGAGAUUCGAUACUGGCAGUCACGACUUUCAGUUCGAUCUAUACACUUUGAUGCAAAUGCACAGGAAGAACAAACGAGUAACAGGACAUAACUUCCAAAUACGAUAUCUGAAUCCAGUUCAGCACUGACAACUUGCUCAGACCUCUGAGUGGUGCUCGUUCUGUAUUAUACAUGUCCGCCUGAUCGAGUGUUUUGAGGGCAAUCGAACCGUAGCUCGGCAGCACUUGCCGCGAACGAGCAACAACACUCCACAUUGUCAAGAUCCCGUG